AUGAGCUUCCUGUACUCAAAGCUCAUCAUGAAGCCCUUUGUUGCCGCAUUGACUGCUGCUGCCAUCGCGGCCACCAGUUACGCCUCUGUCCUCCACGCAAAGACGGUUUCUAACACCUCCAUAGCUGUCGGAGAUAAGGUAGUUGAGCUCGUAGAGCUUUCCUGCGGUAGCGCGCCCGUCACCAAACGUCAAAUAUCCCCCUCUGAUGCUUUCGGCGACGUUUGUAUUUCUGAAUGCUUCACUGGUGGAUCCAUUCCGGCUACGGAGGACUGCCAAACUGUCUUCAAUGGAAUCAUGACAAAGAACUCCGAUUCGCCUACUUUCCGACUUGCAGGCGGCAGUGCUCUGGUGCUGGCCUCCGGAACCUGCGAAUUCUUCUUUCAGAACAACGACGAAAGCACCGACGAGUUUUGCUGGAUACUUCUCGCUCAGACUGGCUCUGCCUUAGGAUCAACUUGCUUCGCCAAUGGCGCGUCCGAGGGUUCCUGCUUCACCAAUACCGAACCAAUGUGGGACUUCUUGUGCGUCUGA